AUGAAUCUGCGCAUGCGAGCAGCUUUGAAGAAGAAAAGCAGCUUUUCUGCAGUUUCACUGCAGUGUUUAAGAGCUGAGCUGUUUCAUUUCUUCAGCCAGAGAAGAGCAAACACAGGAGAACUUCACAGCAAGACUUCCACUGUACAUGAUGAAAACAGCAGAUCUCAGAGGAAAGUGUGUGAGUUUGUGCUGGAGCAUUUUGAUCGACAGUACAGUGAAGAGCUGGGAGAUCAGUGGACUUCUGCAAGAGAAGUCCUGAUGAAUCCCAACUGCUGGCAGUACGGCGUCUUACUGAACCGCUUCAGCAAUCUCACAGGUGUACAGGAGGUUUUUAAAUCGCUUGGUUAUUACAACCUCCUGUCCCAAAGAGAUUCUCUCAACCUUCACUCCCUUCAGUGUCUUGUUCAUAAUGACGCAGUGCGUCUCCGCUCACAAAGGCAUCACGAUGGCUGGCUGAAGCAGUACUACCUGCUGAAUGCUGCCUCUUUGCUGCCCGUGCUAGCUCUAGAUGUAAGGGAUGGGGAGAGUGUGCUGGAUCUCUGCUCGGCUCCAGGAGGAAAAGCUCUGGCUGUUUUGCAGACGGCGAAUCCCGGGCUGCUGCACUGUAACGAAUUGGAUACAAGCAGGUGUCAGUGGUUAAUAAAGACUCUGGAGUCUUAUGUCCCUCCUCCGCUCAGAGAUAUGAUCACUGUGACCAACGUGGAUGGCAGAGACGUCUGCAGCAGUAAGCCAGGGAUGUACGACAAGGUGCUGGUUGACGCCCCAUGCUCCAAUGACCGCAGUUGGCUGUUUACAGCCGAAGCUCAGCAGGGAAAGCUGCGGCUAGGAGAGCGAGCUAUGCUACCCUCCUUGCAAAAGGAGCUGCUCUGUUCGGCGUUGGGAGCCGUGCGUCCCGGGGGAAUCGUGGUUUACUCCACUUGCACCUUCUCCCGUGCUGAGAACCAGUCAGUUGUGGAGGCGGUUCUUGCUUCCUGCCCUGAUGUGGAGCUUUUGGAUCUGAAGGAAGAGCUUAUCGGUGCUAUUUCCAGUCGUUUCGUUUUUGCCCACCUCCAACCUCCGGUGGGUCAUUUGGUGAUCCCAGAGGAAGGAAGAACCUGGGGACCAAUGUAUGUUUGCACACUGAGAAGAAUAGCUUGAACGGUUCAAUUCUCAAGUCAUUAUAUUAAUGAUUGAUUCUGUUUAUGCUGACGGCUUAUUUUAUCAUAUUCCUAUACCACAGGAAAAAGCUAUUAUUACACUGUAUGACCUAAAAUAUGUGGAGCUUGUUGGAGUUCCAAUUUCUUUUGGAAAGGCUUUCUGGAAGAUUUUGAUAUGUGCAUUCAUUUGAAAAUCAAACAAACCUACUUGUGCUAUAAUAAACAUUCAUUUUAGAAGUUACGUUUAGGGAUGUGGCCAGUUUGUCAUGGUAUGCGGGUGUGUUAGUGCCAUGGUAAUGCGGGUAACGUGUAUAUCGAUGAAGACUGCUGCUAUUGAGGAGUUUAGUGGGCUUUGAGCACCCAUGUGCCCCGGUUUGAAUCUCAGCUCUGCUACCGGUCAGCUGUGCGCUAUCUAGCAGGCAUAAUUGGCAGUGCCUGCAGCAGACAUAAUUGGCCAUCGAGUCUGCUGUGUGCGAAAAGACCGGACUAAGUGGGUGGGGUCUUCAAAUGCUGUGCAAGGACUCUGGUUAGCAGACUGAGGGCAGACUGAGGCACCUGUGCAGUAGUCGAUGAGCCUCGAAUGCAACUGGGAUCCCCAGUAGCGGAAGAGUACUUGGCUACACUAAAUUGGGAGAAAAAGGGAGAAAAUGCAUAAAUAAAAAGAAAAAUAAUAAUGUUUAAUAUGCAAAUAAUGUAUGUGUGUGUGUGAUGGCCAGAGUUUAAACAGUUGGAGUGAUUGGGAAAGGGCAGUGUUUGAUAUUAAAUGUAAUGAGUUUUAUUAGCAUGACCAUAGUUACAGUGUUGCCAAAGCAUGAUGAUUUUUGGAAGCCUGACGGCCUGUGCGUAGAAACUGUUCGUCAGUCUUGUUGUCCUGGACUCUUCGCUCCUAUAGCGUCUCCCGGAAGGUAGAAGUGUGAAGAGGCUCUGUUGAGGAUGUGUACUGUUCUUGAUGUUGUUGAGUGCCCUUCUGAUGAACCUGUUGUGGUAAAUGUCUUGUAGUGAGAGGAAGGCUGCUCCUGAAAUGGACUGUGCAGUUUCGAUCAUACACUGGAGAGCUUUCCUGUCCCGAGCAGAGCAGUUCUCCAGACUCCUAUAAGGGUUGCUGAGAAUUUUGAGACUUCCUAAGCUUUUUUAGAAAGUACUGAAUAUUGAUGCUCACAGGACCCACAACUAUCCAUCCAUACCCACAGGCCUUUCUUUUCACUGUAAUAUAUAAUGUAACUGCCCUGCUCACAUGCAUCCUAUCCAUCCAGUGCAAAGUGUGCUAGAUGUGCUUACAUACACUGUUCUUGUGGUUUUUAGUUAUUUGUUUUUAUUUUUCAAAUAUAACAUGCUGGCUC